AGUAAGUUUCAGAAGGUGAAGGAACCUCCCGGGAGUGUUUGAUGUGCCAAGAAGCAAACACCAGGUCACAGCUCCUCCCUUCCCAGGAAAGGAAACCGAAACCAGUGCAGACUGGGCAGCAGAAGACUCAGAGACUAAGGGUUUCCUGCAGGCAGCUGUGCGGCCACUGCUCUCCUGUCCCUUGCCAGAGCGUCAAGAUGGAGCUUAGCGAUAUCCCGGCCAGGUGUCUGGACAAGUUCAUCGAAGACCACCUCCUGCCAGACACGCAUUUCCGCAAGCAGGUUAAAGAAGCCAUCAAUGUCAUCUGCAGCUUCCUGAAGGAGCGGUGUUUCCGAGGUGCCUCCCACCCUGUGCGGGUGUCCAAAGUUGUGAAGGGCGGCUCCUCGGGCAAGGGCACGACCCUCAGAGGCCGAUCUGAUGCUGAUCUCGUGGUCUUCCUCAGCAAUCUGGGAAGUUUUCAGGAGCAGUUUGAUGGCCGAGCAGAGUUCAUCCGGGAAAUCAAAAAACAGCUGAAAGCCUGUCAAAGUGAGAGGGGAGUGCAAUUUGAGAUCCGGGAUGGUGGAUGGUGGAACCCCCGCUCGCUCAGCUUCGUGCUCAGGUCCUCCUGGGUCGAGGGGGUGGAGUUUGAUGUAUUGCCUGCCUUUGAUGCCCUGGGUCAGGUGCCAAAAGGCUACGCACAUGACUCCCUGGUCCCCGAAUACUACAGACCUGAUCCCCAAAUCUACAUCGAGCUCAUCCAAGAGUGCAAAAAACUGGGGAAAGAGGGCGAGUUCUCCACCUGCUUCACGGAGCUGCAGCGAGCCUUCCUGAAGCAGCGGCCAACCAAGCUCAAGAGCCUCAUCCGCCUGGUCAAGCACUGGUACCAAACGUGCAAGGAGAACCUAGGGAAGCCCCUGCCCCCGCAGUAUGCCCUGGAGCUGCUCACGGUCUACGCUUGGGAGCAGGGAAACAAGGGAACUAUAUUCAGCACAGCUCAGGGAUUUCGGACUGUCUUGGAAUUAGUCAUGAACUACCAGAAGCUUCUCAUCUACUGGACAAAGUAUUACAGCUUUGAAAAUCCUGUUAUUGGGCAAUACCUGAUGAUGCAGCUCAAGAAACCCAGGCCCGUGAUUCUGGACCCCGCUGACCCCACAGGAAACGUGGCUGGUGGAGACCCACGUAGCUGGCCGCGUCUGGCACAAGAGGCUAAAGCCUGGUUGAGUUACCAGUGCUUCAAGAAUUGGGAUGGGUCUCCAGUGAACCCCUGGUACAUUCAACUUCCAGCAGAGAGUGAAGAUGGCUGGACAUGUGCCAUACUCUGAACACCAGUGCAUCUUAGGGGACAGGGCUCCAGAGUCACCUGGGCCAGCUUCCUCAUUUCAAGGAGCCGAACCUUGAUUCAAAGAGGACAGAGGACUGCCCCAAGCUAGCAGUGAGUAGGACAGACCUACAACCAAAAUCCAGGUCUCCUGACCCUACCCUUCCCACUAUUCUGUGCUUCCCUUCUUUCAUAGAUAGCAUUUUCCUUCAGUAUGCCCCCCCUCCACCUAUUCUCAGACAAUAUUCUCUGAGACAAUGAGAGAAAUAUAGAUAAGACUGGGAUCCCAGCCUUGACUUUCUUCUAUGUACCUGCCAGGAGUGUUUUUGGUCCAAUUUAUUAUCGCUUGCAAUAAAAAUA